AUGAAUUAAACUAAAAUAUAAGAUAAAAGAAAUAAGAAAUUGAGUAAAACUUAACUGAAGGUAUGAAGUAUUUUAAUGAUUUAAAACAGAAGAAAUAAGAAAUUGAAUAAGACGUAAAUUAAGGUAUGAAUUAUUUUAAUGAUUUAAAACUAUAAGGGGAAGAGCAAAUCAAUAAGUGUUAAUAGACAAUAUAAGAUGCAAAAGCUAAUUUAGAAAAAUAAAUUAAUCAUUAAAUUGAAUAACAAAAAGAGAAAGCAAAAAAAUUUGGACAGGAAGCUUUCAGCUAAUUAAGCUAACUGGCUAACUCUAGAGAAUCAUAUUUAGAAUUCAGGAAUGAUUCAAUCGAAUUUAAAUUCGAUAUUCCUUUAUUGGAUGAAUGGAAAAUAUGUAGAUUUUUAACUUUAUCUGAUUGCAAUUUACAAUUUAGUAAUAUUGAAAAAGAAUUAAUCAUAGAUUUAAAAGGAAAAAUUUAAUUUUUGGAUAUUCAGUUUCCAGAAUUCUUUUUAUAAUUUUCACUUCAGAAACCCCCAAUAAUUUUUUUUGACAAAAAACCUUUAGUUAAAGGAUUUGAUCCAAUCUAAUAUGGCCUAAAUUGUUCGAUUUAUAAUGUGAAGAAACCAACAUAUUUCCUACAAUAAACUAGAUCGAUAUUUUUUAGUUUAACUUUGAAAAUUAAGAGUUUGAGAGCUAAUUUUCAUUCAAUACAGAGAAUAGUUAAGAAAAAAGUAGUUUUAUUAAUUUUUCCACUAUUUCUAUGAGAAUAUAAUACAAACAAUAAUUAGUUAAAUAAAAACUUAAUUCAGACAUUUAAGCUAUGCUUAAGACCUCAAUUUUAUUAUUUGGAUUGAAAAUUAAUUUAAAUCUAGAUUUUUCAUUUCUUGCAACAAAUUACAGAACAAAUUCAAGCCUUAGGUUUGUUUUAGAAUCAGAACCCAUAGAGAAUUUUUGUUUAAACAAAUUUGUUUAACACAUUCUUUCGUUUGAAAUUCCAAGCCACAUUGCUGAAUUCAAAAUUAAAACUAUAAUGUGUAAAUUAUCAAUUGAAAAAAGUAAAUAAUGGGAAUUUUUUUUUUUACUUACAAUAGAAGAUGGUAGUUGUAAUUUCUUUUAAAAUUUAAUUAUUAUAAAAGCGCUAACUGGAUAGCUAAUCUAUAACAAAGAAUCAGGAUGGGAUGAUAGUUCAAUUAGAGGGGAAUGCAUUGUGAAAAACUAAAGUUUGGGGUCUUUUAAGUUUGGUUUUUUGAAAGAUAGAAAUCAAAUUUAAGCAGAUUUAAUUCCUAAUAAAGCAUUUUCACUUGAAAAAUUGUUUUAUGAUCUCUCAGGAUGUGACUUAAAAAUGAGUAUUUUUUAAGAGAUUAACUUCCAAAAUCUAACUUUGAUGUUAGAAAUAUUUGAAUCCCAAAUGCUCUUCAAGGCUAUUUAUAAAAAGAACAACUUGAAAUUUGACAAUUUCUCUUUUAUAUAAUUAAAGGACGUUAAUGUAGAAUUUUAGUUAAUAAAUAAAUAAGUGAUAUCAAAAAAUUUGUAAAUAGAUUUUAAAAUUGUAUUGUUUAACAAUCAAAAAUUUGUAAUUGAGGAAAAAUAACAGGAUUUCCAUUAAAAGUUGAGAAAUUUGUUUUGCCUAUCAGAUAGACCAUAUUCGCAUUAUUUGAUAUUUUAAGGGAAUUUGAUUUGUAUAAGAUUCAUAAAUUUCAACUUUUUGAAGAAUGUCCAAUUAAAGUAGAAUUUGUUGUCAACAUUAAUACUAAUAUGA